AGUUCUCCCGUGCCCGAGGCAACGCGUCACAAUAAACAGCUGCGGCCACGGUCCACAUAGGCAGUGCGCGGAGCGUGCGGAGGCGCUUCGCAGGGAGGCGUCGCGUGCAGGAGUUCGCGCGACUUGGCUCGUGGCCCCUGUCGCUCCUGCGGCAGAGUUAACGCGGACCCGACCUCAGACGACCUGGUGUCGGCUGUCGGACGGGGUGUCCUUCUGAGAGGUGACUUGGUCCUCGGGGCCGCAGGGUGUUGUCCUUUAGACGCGUCCCUACUCAGAGCCUGUUUCCUUAAUGGGAAAUCAUUUUCCUGUCGCUUCAGUUUUCCGCCCCUCCUCCACCGCCCCGUCCCCUCAGCGCUUGAAGCUUAAGGGACCUUGCCAAAAUCAGCUUGUGGUACACUUCAUCCUGCGCUCGCCGGCUUCGGUUGUAAGCAACCUGGGGCCAGGAUCCGGGCCCUUUGAAAUGUUUUCCUAGCUUCUGUCCGCGAGCUUUACCCAGAGGAGGGGUUUGCGAAGUGUUUGUUGAAUGAACCAACGAUUCUGUAAAUGUGGAUCAGAAGAGUUAAGUAGUGGGAAAAUUCAAGGCGGGAUCUUCUCUCCUUUCCUUUCCCCCUCUGUGGCUCGCUGGGUCGUGUGCCGGGCGCUGCGCAGACGCUGGAAACACUGGGUAGGAUUUUGCUAUAAAAGAAAUAACCAUAGUGAACCCUCUGAAGUUGUCAAUAUAGAGAAUACCACCAGGAGAAAGAACCAUGCCUGUGGAAGGAGGGAAAACGGAUAUGGAGAGGAUUGGCCUCUUCAGUGAGAUGGAAUAUGUUACUGUUGGUGAUAAAUAUGUGUCAUCAUUUAAUCGACCUUUUAAUGAGGCUGCAAGCAAAAAUAAACAGAUGCUACCUGGGGGAUCCAAAGAAAUGUCGAAUCUCCAGGCUGGUUAUUUUGAUCCCCAUUUUGUAAGGAUAUUUGAAGGUGAAGGCUAUGUAAGUCUGAACCAAAUGAGGAGAUGGCGUAUGAUGGAAGAAGCCAAAAAAAAUCUAGGCAAAGCCUUCCUCCCUAGUAGUGGAGAUAAAAAGCCAUGUGGUUUAGGAAGCUACUAUGGCACAUUAGGUGGUCCCGUGCCAUUCUUCAGUGCACAGUCAAAACCCAGAGAAAAAUAUGAGGCACCUGGAAAGAAUUUAUACACAAACCCAGGAAAGAAAGGAACUGGAUAUGGCUAUGCAAAUAUUACCAUUGGUAAGCAGUUUUCACACUCUGCUGAUUUCUACGAUGCACCAAAACUAAAUUAUAAGAAGGAGAAUGAAGAACACCACCGUUUAGUUAAAGGAACACCUUUCAAGUUAAACCUUUACCCAAGGGAAUAUUUUGAUACCAAUCCUUAUUCGUUUGAGAAAGCUUUACCACCAAUUAAAAAAACAGAGAAGAAAGAAUUACUUUCACACCCCUUUAAGCCAUCUUCUCCAGGUAAAAAGGCUGGUGGAAUGAAAGCAGGAACAUUUGACCCUUACCCUUCACAUUCUGCUGACCCUUAUGUGGUUAAAUUGGCAACCCAGAUUUCCAGCAAAGAUGCUAAGAUUUUCCACCCACCAGGUGGACCAAAGAGCAGACCGGUUGAAAGUAUAAUGACUUUGAAUGUCAAAAGGGCACUAAAUACGAAGAACUACAAGACUGCUUCAGUACAGUCCUAUUAGCAUCUGGAAGACAAAUAGCUUUCUAGGUUGUGACUACCAAUAAUUCAUUAUCGAGUGCUAACUAUUUGUAAAAAACAUAAGAUGUGGAACAUAUCUCAAACAUUUGAAAGAUAUUUAAGCCUGAAAUUCUAAUAUUCUUCCUUGCUUUAGUACUAUUACUUAACAAAUAAACAGUAUUUCUUAAUAA